ACAAACUGCGUUACCGGUCUCUCCGAUCCUCUGUUGACCCAACGACGGUUGCUUGUAUGAACAAGCUCGAGUACCAGCGCUAAUCUGAGUUCCACGUCCUUGUCCUGCUUUCCUCUCCCUCCCGGUCUGGGUCUUUGAUAUCUUCCGCUUCACGCACCCCCACACCCACUCACCUUUUGAACAUCCCAGACAUGGCGGGCGUGACGGCAAGGCCAUGGUGGAAAGAUGCUGUCUGCUACCAGGUCUAUCCCGCCUCUUUCAAGGAUUCCAAUGGAGAUGGCCUUGGAGACAUUCCCGGUAUUCUCAGCAAGAUCGACUAUUUAAAAGACCUGGGCGUUGACGUGGUCUGGGUCUCGCCUAUCCCACAGGUUGACAUGGGAUACGACAUCUCGGACUACGAGAAAGUAUAUCCGCCCUAUGGCACUGUCAAGGACAUGGAAGAUCUCAUAGCAGCUUGCCACGAGAGGGGCAUGAAGCUGAUCCUGGACCUCGUCGUCAACCACACAUCGGACCAGCACGCCUGGUUCAAGGAAUCAAGGUCUUCCAAGGACAACCCGAAGCGUGACUGGUACAUCUGGAAGCCUCCGCGCUAUGCAGAGGACGGCACCCGGCUGCCGCCCACCAACUGGAGGAGUUAUUUCUCUGGCCCGGCCUGGGAAUACGACGAACACACAGGCGAGUACUAUCUCCACCUGUUCGCCAAGGAGCAGCCGGACCUCAACUGGGAGAACAAGGAGACGCGUGAGGCCAUAUAUAACAGCGCCAUGCGCUUCUGGCUCGACAAGGGCGUCGAUGGCUUCCGGGUGGAUGUUGUCAACAUGUACUCGAAGGGCGUCGAGUUCAAGGACGCUCCCGUCGUUGACUCCAGGUUCCACGAACAGCCGGCUUGGAUGUACUACGCCAACGGGCCCAGGAUGCACGAGUUCCUCAGGGAGAUGAACCAGAAGGUCCUCAACCACUACGACACGGUGACGGUGGGGGAGCUACCGCACACGCCGGACCCGAAGAAAGUCCUGCAGUACGUGGGGGCGAGCGACAGGCAGCUGAGCAUGGUGUUCCAGUUCGACAUUGUCGACAUCGGCCAGGGCCGCGAGCACAAGUACCACUUUCAGGAAUGGAAACUCCCGCUCCUCAAGGGCAUCGUGGCCAAGUGGCAGCAGUUUAUCGAAGGCACCGACGGCUGGACGACCGUGUUUUGCGAGAACCACGACCAAGGCCGCUCGGUAUCGCGCUAUGCCUCCGACGCACCCGAGCACCGCGUCCACUCGGCCAAGCUGCUCUCACUCAUGCUCUGCGCUCUGACGGGCACGCUGUUCAUCUACCAAGGCCAGGAGAUCGGCAUGAUCAACGUGCCCCGGUCGUGGCCCAUCGACGAGUACCGCGACAUCGAGUCGGUCAACUUCUACAAGGCCAUGGCCCGCCAAACCAAUAACGACCCGGCCGAGAUGGCCUAUGUCAUGCGCGGCCUGCAGAUCCUGGGGCGCGACAACGCCCGCCUGCCGAUGCAGUGGACCGGCGACGCGCCGCACGCCGGGUUUACCGACUGCGAGAGCGGACCCUGGAUGAGGGUGCACGAUCUGUACCCGGAGAUCAAUGUUGAGCGACAAGUGAGGGAGGGGGCGGCGUCGGUGUUGGGGUUCUGGAAGAGGAUGAUCCGCUUCAGAAAGGAGCACGCCGAUCUACUGGUGCAUGGCGCGUUUGAGGGCUUUGGGAUGCAAGACGAGAGCACCUUCGUGUUUGGGAAGACGGCCGGGGAGAAGAGAGCGGCCGUGGCGCUCAACUUCACGGGAGAGGAGCAGGAGCUUGAGCUCCCGGCGUAUGGGGGAUUGGUGUUCAAGAUGGGGAGUCAUGAUGAUGCCGCAGUGCUCGAGGAGGGAGUCAAUGGUAGGCUUAGGAAGUUGAGGCCGUGGGAGGGGAGGCUGUAUCUCGCUGGCUGCUAGGCUUGUCAGAGAUUGCCUUGUAUCCGUACAUAUGGUAGGUCCAUCGCGAUGGCUAAAAGUCAGCUGAAGGAAGCAUCGAGGUCAUAGGACUACCGAUAGGUCAUGGUCUAAAUCCUACCUAGUAGGUCAGAGUAGAAUUCGCUGUGGCGUCUUUUGAGUAAACACACAGCUCUAAACCAUUGCAUCACAGACUCAACAGCCUCAAGCGGUGCACUUUGUCUGCAAAAAUACGCAAGUAAUUCGAACCGUGUCUAAGACAUCAAUGAUCCGAAGAUAGGUAUCCGUAGUUACUGCCCGUUAUUAGAGCUUAAACUAGGUAGUAGUAGAAGUGC